AUGCAUCAGGGCACGUACUUCGCCGUCGGCCUCGGCGCGUGCGGCUGGACGAACACGGACAGCGACUACAUCGUCGCGCUCGCGUCCGCGGACUACGGCAGCGGCGCGCACUGCGGCAAGACGAUCUCCGUCUCCGCGAACGGGAAGACGCACAGCGCGCAGGUCGUGGACAAGUGCCCCGGGUGCUCCUCGGGCGACCUCGACAUGUCGCCCGCGCUCUUCACGACCUUUGCGGACGAGAGCGUCGGCGUCGUCCAGGUCACCUGGAGCUACGACUAG